UGGAGGGUUUUUCCCCCAAGUUUUUUUUUUCCACCAUGCCUGAGUCUCGGAAACAACUAGCGAAAAGACCAAAGCAAAGGUCUAACCCCUUGCAAGAGUCCAAGAUGACGAGAAAACUGCGAAUCAUGUAUGACGACCCCGAUGCUACUGAUUCAUCGGAAGAUGAGUCAGAGGUCAUUGUGAACCCGAGAAAGAUAAAACGAAGCAUCCUUGAGAUUUCACUUCCCCUUGUUGUUUCUGCCAUUCCUGUCUCUGCUGAAACAAGCUCGUGUGCUGAGAAUAACCACAGUGAGGCGUUGAAGACUUGCAUUGAAGGUCAACCUCAAAACAAGAAGAGGGUUUCAACCCAAACCCCAUCAACGAGGAGGCAAUCAUCUGGCAAAUACAGAGGUGUUCGGCAGAGGAAAUGGGGAAAGUGGGCUGCUGAGAUUCGUGAUCCGUUUAAGAGUGCCCGUAUCUGGUUAGGCACUUACAACACUGCGGAAGAGGCUUCCCGAGCCUACGAGGCUAAACGGCUCGAAUUUGAAGCUAUUGCUAAGGCUCAAUCCCACAAUAAUGGUUCUUCUUCUUCUGCUGCACCUUUGGCUACAACUUCUGAUAAGAGUAAGAGUAACUACUGUAACUCUUCUGCUGCUGCUGCUGCUGCUUCGACUUCUGCUGUAUCUGUGUCAGAGAAGUUUUCUACUACUUCGGAGGACUCGGAGAGCGUGUUAUCACACACAUCACCAUCCUCCGUGCUUGAGUUGGAUACCUUGGCUUCCAAUUUGAUUGAGAAGGGCAAUAUUGCAAUCGAUGAAGCUGUUGAGGCCAAUGAUUUGGUGGCUGAACUUGCGGGUUUGGAAAUACCGGAUUUGAGUCUGUUGAAAGUGCCUCCACCAUCUGCUGCUACUGCUGCUCCAUCUGGAUCUGAGCCCAACCUUGGGUUUGAUUUUGAUUGGUUAAACUUUGAUGAUUAUGGGCAGGGUUUUGAUGAUCUUGGUGGCUUAGAGGAUAUCCAAAUUUGUGGGUUUGAAGACAGUGAGCCUAGUAAGCUUCCUGAUUUCGAUUUUGGUGAUUUUGGUGCUGAUGAGUUUGCUGGUUGGACUGAGGAACCCCUCAAUAUACCUUGCGCCUAAAGUUUUGUAGCUACAUCGGAAUAUGUUUUAGAGUACUACAUUAUAAGUUAUGUUUUGCCUUAAGUUCUAUUACAGUUUUGUCAGAUCUCAGGAACUGUAAAAUCAUUUCCUGAGUGAAGGAGUGGUUUUAUGAGUCGAUUUUUAUUUUGUUUGUUAAGGACACAAUAGAUGAGUGAGGUCUAAGAGAGAAUCCUUUGGGUUUUCCCGUGCUAUUAGAGCCGUCCAAGGGUUCUCGAAUCAAUAUUAUGUAGUAAUUUGAAAGUUCUUGUAAGACAGAGUAUAAAAAAUGUCUCCAAUGUUCUAA